CGCAUUUUAAUUUAUUACGUGAACAUUUUCAGCUUAGAUAAGACGAAAAAAAAAUAAAAAUCUAGAAAAAUAAGUUAAAAACUCAAUAAAAUCUCAUUUUAAUCAUCUAAGUACAUUGAAAAACAUUGAAUCUUAAUUGUUCCGAUCAAAUUCCACUAAGAAAAAUAAAGCAAUGUCCUUUGUAAGAAUCACAAAUGAUUUUCGAGUAACUCAAAUCAAUAAACCAGUCAGAAUAAUAAGAAGUGAUGGAGAUUUCGAUCCCAUUACAAUACCCGAUCUCUUUAGUCGUGUAGUAGAAAAUUAUGGUGAGAAUCCAGCAUUGGCUUAUAUUGAGCAAGGAACAAAGAAAUGGAAAUUCGUCAGCUACAAAGAAUACAAAGAAAAAGUUGACAAAAUCGCAAAAGUUUUCAUUAAACUUGGACUAAAACGUUUUGGAUCAGUAGCUGUCCUGGCUUUUAAUUCUGUGGAAUGGUUCGUGACUGAAUUAGCAACUGUUCAUGCAGGUGGCAUUAUCACGGGAAUUUACACAACUAAUUCUGUUGAUUCAACACAAUAUGUGCUCGAAAAAAGCGGUGCGACAAUUGUAAUUGUCGAUGAUCCAAAACAAAUGGAAAAAGUGAGAGAGAUUAAAAAGCGUAUGCCACAUUUAAAGGUUGUUAUCCAAACACGUGAACCAUACGCUGACCCAAAAGAUGGCUAUUAUACUUGGGAUGAGCUCUUUGCAAUGGAUACAGAUGAUGUUGAGGAAGAAUAUCUUAAUCGUCGAGCUGAUAUAGCUGUUAACGACUGUUGUUGUUUGAUCUUUACAAGUGGUACAACAGGUCAUCCGAAAGGUGUUAUGCUAUCACACGACAAUUUACUGUUUGUUGCAAAAUCCGGAUGUACAUUCGAAAGAAUGGAAAUGACAAAAGAAGCAAUUGUCAGUUAUUUACCCUUAUCACAUAUUGCAGCGCAAAUUGUCGAUAUUUUCGCAAUGCUAUUUACGGCAGGCUGUACAUAUUUUGCUGAACGCGAUGCUUUAAAAGGAAGUCUCGCAAAGACACUAAAACAAGUUCGACCAACGAGAUUCCUUGGAGUACCACGAGUUUAUGAAAAGAUGCAAGAAAAAAUGCUAGAAAUCGGUAGUCAACAAAAUUGUCUAAUGCGUUGCAUUGGAAGUUGGGCUAAGCGUGUAACAUUACAACAUCACAUGGACAUUAUGGCCGGAAAGCCUUCAAGUUCGUUCCAGUAUAAAAUUGCAAAAAAAUUUAUUCUCUCCAAAGUCAAACUUGCUUUAGGGUUUGAUCGAUGCCUUACUUUUGCAACAGGUGCAGCUCCAAUGGGCUCUGAAACAAAGCAAUACUUCCUUAGUCUCGAUAUUCCAAUAAUUGAAAUCUUCGGAAUGAGUGAAUGCGGUGGAGGACAUAGUUUUUCAGUUCAAGACACUGUUUCAUUAGAUACAAUUGGAAAAGGCAUGCCUGGAUGUCAAUCACGAAUUCGUAAUCCGGAUAUAAAUAAUCAUGGUGAAUUAUUAAUGAGAGGACGUCACGUCUGUAUGGGAUACUUGGACGAUAUUGAUAAGACGUAUGAGACUAUUUUAGAUGACGGAUGGUUGGCAACAGGUGAUGUUGCUUUUAUUGAUCAUGAAGGAUACAUAUUUAUAACAGGACGGCUAAAAGAAAUUAUCAUUACUGCUGGAGGAGAAAAUAUUCCCCCUCAAUACAUUGAGCAAUUAGUUAAAUCUGAGCUUCCCGCUGUCUCAAAUGCAUUUCUAGUUGGAGAUAAAAAGAAAUUUUUAACAAUAUUGUUAACACUAAAGACUUUAAUGGCAUCAGAUACAGGCAUGCCUCUUGAUGAAUUAGCAGAUGAAACGAUUAAAUGGCUCGAAAAAUUGGAUUUAAGCUACACAAAGUUAAGUCAAAUUCUUAAUAAUGGUCCAGAUCCAUAUGUCUUGAAAGCAAUUCAAGAAGGACUCGAUCGUGCCAAUAAAAAAGCGAUCUCAAAUGCCCAGAAAAUUCAAAAGUUUAGAAUCUUGCCACACGAUUUUAGCAUUGCAACAUCUGAAAUUGGACCGACAAUGAAGGUCAAGAGAAAUGUGGUCUUAGAAAAAUAUAGAGAUGUAAUUGACAGCAUGUAUCAAUGAUUCGAUUCUUGUGAUUCAUUUAUCAUGCUCGUAGAAUGAAUAAUCACUAGUUGCUUAUUUUAUAGCUAAUAACAACCUCUUCCUUUUAGCAUUUUUAUGUGCAUUUUAACAGAAAUCUUCAUUUUUACGCGC